AUGUCGGUUGAACACAGGGAUGCACCGACGUGGCCCCUUUUCAGUGCCUUUGGUAACAACAGCGAGGGCUAUCUGUCGUCAACAGAGCCUUCCGAGUACUUCCGUUCUUAUCUUGAUGUCGGCGUUCGCGGACACAAGAAACAAGUAGAUCCACCUAUGGGAUAUGGUACAAAUAGCUCUGAUCAGGUUGACUUAAAGGACAACUCGCAAGACUACCUCGAACCGAGUUCGAUGUUGAGCGACAAAUGUUACUCUCGUGAGACCCAAGAAUCGGAGAGCACCAACCCUUCUACCGAUGCAGACCAGGAUCGCUUCACAUGUAACGGCUCGCUAUCGCCCCCUGCGAAGUCCAUCAACGAUUUAUGUGAGGAUCAGGUAACCGACAUUCGGUCUACCUCUUACUGCUUGAACUUCUCAGCUGCCCGAGAUACACUGCCCAACACCACAUUCAGUAGUCGGCCAUUGAUAAGAGGGACACAAAGCGUGCAAAGCCUUUCCGAAGACCCACACCUUCAUCCUCUGCGUUCAGUGGCUCCCCCAUAUCCGGCUGGGGCCAGUUAUUCUGUACCAGAGAGCAUGCUGCUAAAUCAGGCUCCAGAGACGUUGGCCUCUCUCUCAUAUGCUUCCGUAAAUACCCCCCUCGGCAUUUCUCCUCCAAAUUACGCCGGAACCCUACCCAAAAGCGAUUUUCGACUUCCCUCAUCUUCAACAGGUUUUCCUGACAUUCCGUCGUCCAAUUUGUGCUGUAAUCCUCCAGCCCAUGACCGAACCAGUUAUGCACGACCACAGAUGACUGUGCAACCGAAUUUCAUGCGUAACUACUGCUCCCCGUACUACGCUAAUGCAGCCGAACCUUACCCCACUCAUGCCUCUCUGUCCGGUGGAAACCUUAAUACAUUUCAUGGAAGUGCUUCCUCCCCGACUGGGCGAAAGUCAAGCUACCACAUUCAUCGUGCCAGUCCUAUACUCAAUAGUCGUUUAGAUCCUUACCAGCACUUCAAUUCCUCUGAAUGUUAUGAUGGAAGACCAGAUUUCCGCCAACCUGAGUCGAAACGACGUCGCAUUUCUGGGAUUUCCGAUUUCCCCCCUGACAGCGAACAGCGUUUGAUUGAAUAUGGUAGUCACAAAGCGAGACAAGUUACCGGACAGGUCGAGCGGCUAAAUACUCAAAAAUUCCGGUCGCAAAUGAAUUUGGCUGGAAAAUUAAAUCAUGACGGUCAGCCGUCAACCCACGUUGACCCUGUAACCCUCAAAUUGGCUCUCCCUCGAGAAAGUGCAAACGGUUCAGCGUGUGCCCCAAUCUCAUUUUGGAGUAAUCCUGCACAUUCAACUGCUCCUCUCGCCUCACAAACCUUGAGUCGCUCUAAUGGGAGUGAAAAACGGCGUGGCUCCCAAAACUCAUCAAGGUCUUCUAAGCGACGACGCACCUGUCCUGACGUUGAUCCGAAAUCGCGUCACCAGAAACUGAGCCAGGCGUCCGAGAUGCCGACAUCCCUGACAAUUGCUCGUUUGCUGUCUCGGAACGCCGCUUUACAAUGUAUCUCACCCCCAGCCCUGGAAGAUCCUUUGGGUCUUUACGCACCCGAGCCCGCGCUAACACGAAAGCUGGCCUGUCAUAAGUUGACAACCAACCCUCUGGCCUUACAACGGGACGCGUCGUCCAGCAUUUUGCUGCGGAACUAUGGGAAAAAGUACUCCUUUUUGCCCUUUUCGCUUCGCGCUCCCACUGAUGUCUCAUCUGCCUCUUUGCUUUCUUUCAUUGGUCUUGGUGCACAAGAAGUCGAAACGGUUUCGCGGGGCAAUUUUCUUGAUGAUGCUGCCUCCCUUGCACUGGCUCGCAGUGAACAUUCACCUCCCGAUCUACCUAUAUACUCACCACGUACAUCUUGCGGCCAGGAACCCGACUACCUUCAUCUUUAUGAGCCAACAUGCGAGGCAACUCAUGGGUCAGAUGAUGCUCCGUUGGCUUUUCGGCCCAAAACAAACCUAAAUUCUGCAGUGAGACUGAAGAAAGGAGAGGAACCGAGUCCUUCAACUUGUCCAAAAAAUACUCACGACCUUUACUCUGAAGCACGGCGGACAGUUGAAUCUUUAAGAUCAAAACAGAAUUGUGCGUCUGUCUGUCAAUUUUGUGCUAUGCAACUCUUCUCCACCCCCAUUAAUACUGGCAGGGGACAGGCUGUAUUUUGCAGCGAGACUUGCCGUGCAAUGUACGAGUCAUCCACAUCCAAACAGCAACGACUGAACAAGUUGUCUUGUAUCCAGGCCGCCCCUACCAAUGUUUUUGCAGAUGAUGUUAUUUCUGCUGUGCCGAUUUUGGUGCAUACGUCAAUCCCAAAACUAUGCAAAAACGCCAGCAAGCCGGCGCCAGUAAACAAGCCUAAUCGUCGUCGACCGCUGCCGGGGCGGGACUUUCAACCGAAAGCAACUACGAGACGGUGGCAGGGAGCUCGCUGGAUGUCCUACUCCUCAGCCGAACAGCCGGUUGCGUUUUCACAUGUCAAGACGGCUACUACCCACCAACCAUUGUCUAAUUGGCUUAGGCCGAUCUCUUUCAGUUCCAUAUCAGACCUGCAUUCAACCCCUACUGACACACGUUUAUGUGGUUUAUGCAAAAAAUGCGGUGACGCUGAUGAUCAGGUAGCUGGAAGGCUGUUAAAUUACACUCGAGACCACUGGAUGCACGUCAAUUGCAUUUUAUGGUGCUACGAUACUUACGAGACGCUGGAUGGUUGUCUGAUGAACGUGGCCCGCUCUUUGAAGAAAGCUGCUGAAGUAAAGUGCUCCCACUGUGGCCUUCCUGGUGCCGGGCUUCCAUGCUUCGACGCCGACUGCACCCUCCUCUGCCACCUACAGUGUGCUCGCGCCCUUGAUUGUACUUUUCACGAGGACCGCAGCAUGUUCUGCCAGCUGCACCGAAACCAAGCGCAAGCGAACUGCCUAGACAGCCUUGCAGUUUCUCGUCGAGUCUUCCUAUCCCGAGACGAGUACUCCCUGGUUGAGGAUGUUAUCGGCUCCCAGUCGCCUCUGACAAUGGGACAACGCUCCAAGCUACGUAUAGGAUCUCUUAUCCUGCACUCCAUUGGCCAGCUGCUCUCCGAGCACGUGGACAGCGGCCGAUUUCACACCAAACUGUUCGUCUACCCCGUGGGUUUUUGUACUACUCGGAUCUACUGGUCGUAUCGGCGACCGGGGCGUCGGUGCUUUUACACCUGCUCCAUUGAGGAUUCCUCAUGCACUGUCUCUAGUAGUCAGGAUAAGUGGUUAACUGAUGGCCUUUGUGGGGAUCCUUUUAAAAAUGCACCCACGCGUCCCGUUUUCACCGUCCUUGUCAAUGACCCGGGCUUACCUGACGAGAAGUUCCGUUCCUUCCUCUGCAACACUGUCUGGCAGCACAUUCUGCAGUUGGUAAAAAUUGCUCGGAAAACGUUUCACCCUACUGCACUGGACCUAUUCUGCAAGGAGCUCGUCGGUGAGGAUCUUUUUGGCCUGUCCGAGUCUCAUGUUGUUCGUGCUAUCGAGUCUCUGCCGGGCAUUGAACACUUGCGGAAUUACAUCUUCAAGUUUGCAAAAAUGCAGUUAAUAUCGAAGAUGCCUCUCAUGCUGAAUCCUACUGGCUGUGCACGCUCAGAACCCAAACUGCGCACCUAUGUCAGAAAUAUGACUGGAGACAUUGAAGUCGAAUCGCGCACCGCCCUUCCCCCCACUGUCCCGCCCACCUCUCGCCUAACUGACCCACACCGCUGUAGUCAAAUUCCCCGUACCUGCAACCCCUUAUCCUAUACGGCUCCGAUAGGCAAGCAAUCUUCCCAAGUCCCGAGCAAAUUUUAUCAGUAUAAGCGUCUGCGAUUCGAGUGGAAAAACAAUGUGCUCCUGGCUAGGUCUAAGAUCCAGGGCCUGGGUCUUUUUGCAGCGCGUGAUAUCGACAAGCACGAAUUUAUAAUUGAGUAUCUGGGUCAGCUUAUCCGCAAUGAGGUCGGCAACCUGCGUGAGCGGUUGUAUGAUUCACAGAAUCGCGGCAUUUACAUGUUCCGUGCAGACGACGACUGCAUUGUCGACGCAACCAUGUACGGUGGUCUUGCGCGGUACAUAAAUCAUUCAUGUGAACCCAACUGUAUAGCCGAGGUGUUUGCCUUUGAGGCUAACAAGCGGAUAAUCAUAAUCGCCAAGCGGCUUAUCAAGAAGGGCGAAGAACUGACCUAUGACUACAAAUUCGACUUUGAAGAUGACAAGCCCAGCAGGAUCCCCUGUCUUUGCGGCGCGAAGCAGUGCAGAAAGUGGAUGAACUAG